AUCCCCAUAACUCCCUCUCAAUACACGACCAGACCAUGGCUGUGAAACCUUCAUUUAAACGAGGCCGUCCAAACCCUCGUGCAAAGAAACAGGGACGGACCUUUACCUCCACUCGGCUCCAAGACGAAACAAAGGACUUGGAUAUUCCAGAAGAAACUCACACCGAAGAUGAUACUCCAGACGAUGCUAGCCACGAUGCAUCAGACUCCGAUCUCGAUGCUUCCGAACCACCUGUCAGACCCUACAACUCCCUCCUCCUGUCCCUUCAGCAUGCUCAACCACCCAACGCCGACAGGCGGAAAAGAAGACGAUUGAACCGUGGGGACGCAGAGCGAGGGGAAUCACCGGCAUUAUCUGAUAGGGAAAUUGCCGUCGAUGGCCUUCAGCCGGACGAGGAAGUUCUCGAGGAAGUUGAGAGCGCUGAUCACGAUGAACCAUCCGAGCUGGACGAUAUCGAUCAGGACGAGCCGGAUUCGACCAGCCAAAGUGAUCCAUUCCACUACCACCUCGGAGAUCGUGAUGAAGAGCGAUUACAGAAUCGAAUAAGCGCACUGAAGGAUAACUCAAUCGUGUCCAGCAGUGCCAAACCUCGUUCAGGGGGUUCCGUUCAAGUUCUUCGACCGACAACAACCGGGAGUAGUGGUGACCUUAAACUGCCCACCUCGACCUUGGAUCCUGACGCCCUCGCCAUCAAAAGUCGAUUCCAGGAAUCGGCGCAAAAAGUACUUAAAAAAGCAGGAGAUUUGGACAAGGACCUCGCAGAGCACAUUUUCACCUAUCGUGACACCAUGUUCGCCAGUAGAACAGUGAAGAACGCCGCUCGAAUUCGGAAACUGACGUGCUUGCACAUGAUCAAUCACAUAUUCAAGACACGCGACCAGGUUUUGAAGAACAAUGCGCGACUGUCAAAAUUGGGCGACGGCGAUGUACCCGACAUUCGAGACCAAGGCUUCACCCGACCCAAAGUUCUCAUCCUUCUCGAGACUCGGGACAUGUGCGCGAAGUACAUGGAUGCGUUUGUCGAGAUCUGCGGUCCGGACCAGCAAGAGAACAAAAGCCGCUUUCAGGACAGCUUCGUCGACACGGAGCCGAAAUUCUCGUCCGACCGGCCGGAGGAUUUCCGGGAAUUGUUCGAGGGCAACGGCGACAACGAUUUUAAACUGGGGAUCAAGUUCACGAGGAAGACGAUGAAGUUCUUUGCCCAGUUCUACCAGUCGGAUCUCAUCCUGGCAAGCCCGUUGGGCCUGAGAAGAACAAUUGAGUCGAAGGGGUCGAAGAAAGCAGAAUAUGACUUCCUAAGCUCUAUCGAAGUUGUAGUCGUUGAUCAAGCGGACGCAAUGCUUAUGCAGAAUUGGGAGCAUGUCGACUUCGUGUUUGACCACCUCAACCUCCAACCCAAAGAUGCCCAUGGCUGCGACUUCACGCGUGUGCGUAGCUGGUAUCUGGAUGGCAACGCAUCCUUCCUACGACAGACAAUCGUUUUCUCUGCGUUCAUGACGCCGGAACUGAACAACAUUUUCGCAAAGAGGAUGCGAAAUAUUGAAGGAAAGGCGAAAUUUCUACCCGAGCAUUUAGGGGUGAUGCAAUCUAGUGUGGUAAGGGUGAAGCAAACAUUCUCGAGAUUCGACUCCGCAAAGCCAGCGAACGAUCCCGAUGAGCGGUUCGAAUAUUUCAAGUCGGCGGUACUUCCGGCUCUUGUCCGGCUUCCUCGUCCUGCGGAAGGGGGUCAGGGUGUCUUGUUGUUCGUUCCGUCGUAUAUGGACUUUGUCCGUCUACGAAACCACUUUGCAACCUCGACGUCCACCGAAUCGCUGUCCUUCGGCGUCAUAUCCGAGUACACCGAUAUGCCGAACGCACGCCGAGCAAGGUCGCACUUCAUAAGUGGAAAGUACAGUGUUUUACUAUAUACCGGUCGUGCCCAUCAUUUCCGGCGAAACAACAUCCAGGGAGUCAAGCGGAUCAUCAUGUAUGGCAUCCCGGAGAACCCCAUAUUCUACCAAGAGUUCGUCGACGGGUAUUUGGGGAGAUCAAUCAACGAAGGGCUGGUGGAUGCAGCAGAAACGCAUGUGCGCACCCUCUUUUCAAGGUGGGACAUGUUGAAGCUUGAACGGGUCGUGGGCGCGCAACGAGCGAAGAAAAUGGUCAUGGACAAUACUGGAGACACGUUCGACUUUCUCUAACUAAACGGAAUGUCGAGCAUUACAUAUUCUUGAACAUCAAU